GCUGUAAAAAAUGUUCAUGCUUGAAAAAGCGAAACGUUACUUUACACAACGUGACUAACACGACAAAGUAUAGUAGUGAACUAUUAAGAAUGUUUCAUCAGUAAUUGUGAAAUGUUUACAUUGUAUCAGCCCACAAUACCGGAUAUAAUCUAGUGACGUUGAAAAAUUUUUUCAGACUGCUCUAAUUUGUUUCCAGUAACUCGUCUCCUUCAACUACAACAAUAAUAAUAUACUAUCACAAUUAACAAUUCCCACUAGAUGUAUGAAAAACUUUACAAUAUACUCCUUUUUAAUUAGAAAUUAGCCGAAGAUGGUCUUUAUCAUUGUUUACAUCAUAUUGCUUAACUUUGGGCAGACUAAAGCUGAUUGUUUACUUCCGUGUCCCAAAAAUCACAAUAGUUUUGGUUGUAAUUUCUCCAAUAGAACUUGUUCCGCCAACAAUGAAAGUAUUUCAUCAGACAAUACCAAUGAAAUGCCAGCUAGACCAGAAAACCUACAAACAAAGUUCUUUGAUAAUAAAAACAUAACAUUUACCUGGAAUGCAGACCCUUCAACAAUCAAGCAUUUGCAGGGCUUUCUCUUAAAUCUGACUGUACUUUAUGGUAUAUGUGAUCCGAAAAAAACUAACUACCUUCGAGUAUUUACAUACCCCAGUAUAAGUCAAAUUGAAAAAUACAAAAAUGAACUGUUUAGCUUAGAACUGAAACGUAUUUGUCCAGCUGUCUGGGGAUUAGAACUAUAUUCUUUGCCCAAAAGUAAUUGCAGCGAAAAUGUGCAGCGCCAGAUUCUGCUUGUGCCCCACCCUGACAAAGGUAACAAUGAUCGUGGUUCUUGGCAAAGUCCAAUGACAAUCACAUACAGCUAUCCUUUGCAUAACAUUGAAGUAAACUUCACAAAAGCUCCAGAAAGUUUCAAUUUUGAAAACUAUAAUAUUUCUCUUAAGAAAAAUAAUGUAGUUAUUCAUUAUAAAAUCAUAAAUAAAAUUGAAGAGCCAUCUGUUACUUUCGAAGUUGAUGUUUCUGGAAAAUAUGUUGUAAUGCUUAAACCCUAUUCAAUUGAUGAAAAUAACUGUCUUUGUGGCACCAAGGGAAACACAUGCAAAUUAUGUGAUGUCACAAGUACACAUAAAAUAGAAUUUACUGAUAUAUGUCCGAGAAAUCCAACUCCAGAACCAGACAUGAUUAAAAAUAUUACUGUUGCAAUUAUUGUUAUAGCUGCAAUUAUUUCGAUUUUAGUCAUUAUGAAAUGUGUCUUAUGUAAAAGUUCCAAAAAGCUUCCAAAGAAAUAUGCCAUGUUAUUGUGCCUCAAUGAUCAUUUUUUGCAUGAUAAGGCUGUGCAACAGUUAAUUAAAUAUUUGGAAGAUUUUGGAGUGAUUGUUCACCAUGCCAAAAAAUUUGGUAAAUGUGUCUUUGAUGUAUAUGAUAUUGUUCUUCUUAUAAAUUCUACUGCAUUGGCUGAGAGACAGAAGGCUUGGGCUGAAGGAAAAGAUUAUGAAAAAUUUUUUACGGAAGAACAUUCAAGUAACCUGACCAAUCAAACAUUCAUAUUGAUUGAUGAAUUAAACCUUGAAAAAGACUGCCAUAAAAUAAUAAGCUUGAAAUUUGACCACACUCCUGACAGUCCAGUGUUUAAGCAUUAUCCUUCACAAAAUGGAAAUUUUUCUAUACCAAGAAAUUUAUUUGACAUGGUUAAAAGUAUGGUUGAUGUUUCAAUAAGAUUUCGAGGAUUUUUUAAAAAGCAAGCAUUACUGAAUGCCAUCAGCAAUGCUGCAGAAUAUGAAAGAUGCAAUAAAAAUUGGUUUUCAGAAAAAUAUGGUGACCCCAUUCCUGAAAAUUUGAUCUCCUCUUUAUACAGCAAAGAUAGAAAAAGUACGAAAAAGAAUAACAAUAACUUUAAUAUAGAUUGUUCAAUUAACAGCUGCAGUGUAAGUGAAUUGCUCCACACAUUACAAAAGAAAAAUGAUGAAGGAAAUCUAUUGAACUUUUUUAACAUAAACAAUAUUGAAAACAGUAGUAUACUAAAUGUUUAAGACAAUCUACAAGCAAUGUUUCCUUUCAGUUUUAUGUAACUGAAUGAUACUACUAUUAUGGGUUAGAUUUACUUUGCAGUUUACUGUAAGACAGCUAGCCUUAACUGCCACUGUUGAAAUGUUAUGUUAGGGGCAUGACAGUCUUGAAAUCUUGAUUCUUCUUUCAGAUGUGUGUGAAGUAUAUAGUACUAGGAGUGAACAUUUCAUUUUUCUAUUACUGUUGUGUUUAAACCAGCCAUAUCUGGCCCCAAAUAUUCUACCUGCUUUGUGUUCAAGUCAGCUACAUCCGACCUCUCAUACCUACACUCCAAUGUCAUUCCAACAGUAAACAAUCACAUCAUCAAAAUCUCAAAAUAAUACAUGAUCAAUUCAUAACAAUGUGAAUAAAUAAACACUACAUUUGACAGAAUAAUCUGAAUGCUAAAGGGUUAAAGAUAUCAAAUGGCAUUGUUGUAGUGAAAAAAAGGAGCAAGUUCCUGGUUUCAAGAUUUCACCACAAUUAUCCACUACACUUGUAAUAUCCAACUGUUGUCAAUGAAAUUUAGAUGGACACACUCUGCAGGCUUCAUUCAUCACCCAAUAAACCUUUAAGGGUUAUGGAAAAUUUACAGAAAAAACUGAAGACACUUAAGUAACAGAGGCUGUAGUGGUGACCUUAGGUGCCUUGUGUAUUCUAAGCUGAAAUCCCCUUUGAGAUCAACCUUGCUUUUCUUCAAGGGUCAAUGAAAUAGGUACUAAUUCUGUACUAGAUUUGAUUCAACCUAUUCUGGUGAGAGAUAUGCCUGUCUUGUACAAAUAUAAUAAAUAAAACAUAUUCAAAUGAGCUGAAUUUAGGAGUCAGUUUUGGUUCCAUUUGAAACUUAUAUUUCUAAUAACUUUUAAAAAAAAUGAGAAUCUCAUGUUUUACUAUUCCUUCAUUAAAAUCUCAACUCUGAAGUUUUGUGUUGAUUAAACUUGAAUCCUUGCUAUUUGGUGCUAGAUCAUUUUAAUCAAACAAUUCAUCUUAUCAGACAAACAUAGAAUGUGAUAUUUACUAAUUACACAGUCCAAUUUCUUAAUACUCCUUUUUCAUAAACCAUUGUAUAUUUUCUUAUAAAAAUAUAUUUUUGCUUUGGGAAAAAGAAAAAGACCUAAAAAAAAAAAACAAAAGACACUGAGAAAUAUCUUUUGUUGUUAAAAACAUUGCAUUUCUUGAUUGUUUUCUUAUUUGUUUUAAAAAUUGUCUA